CAUUUCUGGGCACACUAAGACGCAAACAAAAAAAUAACACACUGCACAUUAACUAUUUCUUCGCCUAAUACUGAAAUAACCAAGGCAAAAUGGGUGAACGCUACAACAUCCAUAGCCAGCUGGAGCAUCUGCAGAGCAAGUACAUCGGAACAGGACACGCGGAUACCACCAAGUUCGAGUGGCUAACGAAUCAACAUCGCGACUCCUUGGCCAGCUACAUGGGUCACUACGAUAUUCUCAACUACUUUGCCAUAGCGGAAAAUGAAUCGAAAGCACGAGUGCGAUUCAAUCUGAUGGAGCGAAUGCUGCAGCCAUGUGGGCCACCACCUGAAAAGCUAGAGGAUUAAGAAAAACAAUUUUAAUAAUAAAGAAAAUAAUGGACAAGAAAA